AUGUUAGUUAAAAAUCAUCGAGGAAUCCAAGUUUGGUUGAUAUCUAUAUUGAUAUUAAUACAAGGAAUACUUGUUUAUUCGGCAGAUACAACAAUAACACAUAAAGUAUAUUUCGAUAUCAAACAUGGGGAUAAAAACGUUGGUAGAAUCAGUAUUGGUCUCUAUGGAUUAGCAGUACCUCAAACUGUUGAAAAUUUCUAUGAAUUGACUAUCUCUAGUAGUCCAGCCAUGGGAUAUGUUAACUCCGUAUUCCAUCGUGUCAUUCCAGAUUUUAUGAUUCAAGGUGGGGAUUUUACUAAUGGUGACGGUACUGGUGGUAAGUCUAUAUUUGGUGAUACAUUCAAGGAUGAAAAUUUUGAAAUCAGUCACGAUAAACCAGGUUUAUUAUCAAUGGCCAAUCGUGGUAAGGAUACAAAUGGAUCUCAAUUUUUCAUUACUUUAAAGGCUACCAAAUGGUUAGAUGGAAAACAUGUCGUCUUCGGAGAGGUCAUCGACGGUAUGAGCGUAGUGCAAUAUAUUGGCAACGUCAAGGUCAAUUACAGAGAUAGACCUGUGGAAGAUAUCCGUAUUGUUGAUUGUGGUGAAUUAGAGACUGUUCCAUUGACUAACCAUCAAGCCGCGGAAUUGCAAGACGAACUACAGAAAGAAGCUCAAGAAGAACAAGCAAAACACGACGAAUUAUAG